AUGGCCUACAUGGCCUACAUUCCUCACUGGGAUAAACCACAUGUCACCCUCGUCACCCUCGUCACCCUCGUCACCCUCGUCACCCUCGUCACCCUCGUCACCCUCGAGCGCUUUGAGCAGUCUAACACCAAGGGCUUCUCUGCUGAUGCGGGGGACAACUUCUCUGCACCUUUGAUAAUCAUGAUAUCAACGUUUGGCCCUGGCAGCUGA